AUUACAAGUUUUAUAUUUUCACAUAUUUUUCAAAUUUUAUUUUAAUUAUAAUCAUUGUGUUCAUUAAACUUUAAUUGUGGUAAGUUUAAAUUGCGCGGGAAAAUUCAAACUUGAAUUUUAUGACAUUCUAAAUAUUUAAGUUUAAAUUUUGUACCACAGAGCUUUAUGAUGUCGUUACCGUCGACGUGAUGAUCGUCGCUGGCGUCGUCCCCGUUUGUCUUCUCUAUGGUGGAAUAUGUGGAUGCUGUGUGCGCAGUGUUUUAGUGUCGUGUGAUAAUUUUUUUGUUGUUUUUUUUUUGUUAUUUACUAAAUUUUAAUAAGAUGUGGAAUUAAAAACUAAAUUAUUUCUUCAAUACAAUGGACCGGCAUCCUGUCUGCAAUUUCGAUGCGACAUCACACUCACACCAGUUUCAAGCCUGAAAUUUAUGAAAAGACUAUUUAUUAUAGAGCAACAUUUAAUGACAAUGGAUAUAAUAGGACGAGCAUCAACAAUAGAAAUAGUAGAACCAGCUAAAAGUCCUCGACCCCCAUCCUAUAAUUCACGAAUCCUCGAUGUCAACGAUGAGUGACAGCGGGCUAGUGGACACAGCUCCUGCUCGUCUUGGCAGCAUGACAGCCAUUAAUUCCGGUCCAGUCGGUGAAGUAGGAGGUGUAAGAUUACCUCUGCAGUCAUUGCAUGGAUACGGAUCAGUGUUUAUGUACUCGGCGUCAACGAGUCCCGGUAGUGCUGGCGGCCAGGGUAGCGGAGGCGGAGGUGAAGUCACCCUCCGCCUCCGCGAACCAGAAGACAUACCAGAGGAAGUUCUUGCUCGACUUGAAGAUACCGCCACCCUCUCAAUAUCACUUCAAGGCGACGCUGUACUCAGACUUGGUUCAGCUGCUACCGGAAACAGCAAUUUGGAACUAUUUGACAGCGAGAGUGGACCGGACUUGACGCUAUCACCUCAGACAUUUACGUCAACGGCGGAAGCCUUUAUCAACGACAAUAGUGACAGCCUGGGGGUUCCUGGUGACAACGACAUGGGGAGCAGCGAAGAGUCAAGAACAGGUGCAAGUGACCCCGGAAAACUUGGAGUAAAGAAACCAAGACCGAAGCCUUCAUCUCCAAACCGCCAGGGACCUCAACAGUGUCAGGUGUGCGGUAAAGUGUUCAACAACGCCUCGGCUUUGACGAAACACAAGCUGACGCACAGCGACGAGCGGAAGUACGUCUGUACGAUGUGCGGCAAAGCAUUUAAGCGGCAGGACCACUUGAAUGGCCACAUGCUGACACACAGGAACAAAAAGCCGUUUGAGUGCAAAGCAGAAGGAUGCGGCAAGUCGUACUGCGAUGCACGGAGUUUGCGUCGUCAUACUGAAAAUCAUCAUGCUGGGAGUAAGGUUAAUGAAAGCGUGAGUCCAAGCAGUCCAACAACAGGACCACAUACUCCAAACACCCCAGGCAGCAAUCCAAGCACACCAAGUACACCCGGGGCGCCAACAACCCAAAAUGGUCAUGGGCAUACGGCACUAAAGCAACUUCUCGCGAGUGAACCCGCUGGACAAACUCAGCUACAAAAGAACUCAUCGUCAAGCAAUGACGGGUUAACGAAACAACAGAUCGAACUGAUUCAGCAAAUAAUGCAGCAAACUCAACAGCAACAGCAACCGUCAAAUUCACAACAGCCGAUGAGUAGUUCACCAUCAGCGGUUGUAACGCAAACUUCGAAAACCGGAAAACCAACAUCAAAGUCUGUAACAUCAAAUGGUACUAGCGGUUCAGUAGUCAGUGGAACCGUUGGUAGCAAUAGUACAAGUUCUAGUCCUAAACCAAAAGUCUGGAGUCAAACCCAGCAACAAACGCAGCAAUCAGCCCAAGUAUCCCAUAGUCAACAAUCCCAGCAAGCAAAUUCACCAGGAAAUUCAGGUAAUGCAGGUAAAGCUAGUCCAUCACCAGCAAAUUCUUCAUCACCUGGAAGUACUCCUAGUAACAAACCACAAACGGAAUCAAAACUCGUUGAAUGUAGCCUCUGUCGACGUCAAUUUAAAAAUAUUCCAGCCCUCAACGGUCACAUGAGGCUGCACGGCGGUUACUUUAAAAAGGAUGGGGAAAAUAAGAAAAACGAAAAAAAAGAAACUCCAGGACCUCCACUUCAAACGGCUUCCGUCAAUGUCCGUGCGCUCAUCGAGGAAAAAAUAAUUCAGAAGAGAAGUACAGCAACUGAAGCCAGUGCAGGGCUAUCACGAACUAAUUCAGUGUUCAGUAGUUCUGUAGAUGUAUCGAACCACAUGAUUGGUAAAACAAAUUUUGCCGUUCCCGCUCCACCGCCUUUGGUGACUGGUGAGAAAAUAAGGCGACUUUCUGAUAGUGAACAUUUUCGUCAACCGAACAUUACUGUUGGGCAUACGACUGUUCAAAAACAACUUCAGGAAGCGCAGACUCAAGCCCAAGCUCAAGCGCUUGCUGAUAUGAUUCUUAAGAGUACAACUAAGAUGACAGUAAAAAGAGCAACUUCUGAUCCCGGUCAACGGGUUCAACUUACUUAUCAAUCUAGUUUACAAACGAUAGCCAAUCAGCAGUCUCAACAGUCGAGUCAAGCUCAAACACAACCGCAGCCCCAGCCGGGAGUUACUGAAGGCUUUACAAUAACUAAUUAUUCUGAAGACGGAGGUUAUUUUAGUCCGAGUUUGCAAGAUGAAGUCUUUCAACAAGUAACCGCUGUUCCGGACUCGGUGCUUUUGCAAGCAAGUCAAUUGGAUUCUAUCCAGUUUCAAACAGCUAGUCUUCUUCAAGAGCAAUCAUCUGAUCAGCUACAGGAUAUAACAUUAGAAGAUCGUUUUACAAGCCAGCAUACAGUUAAUCCCGAUCUUCAAGCCCUAGUGAACUCACCACUUCCGGAUUCACUUGCGGAAUUUAGCACCUACGGGGCUCAGUACACUGAGAGCCCUCAUACUUUGCCAACUCAGUCACCUUUGCCCUCACCGCUCACUCGACACGACAGUCCAAGUUUUACUUAUCCCACUCCACCGUCAAGUCAAGAGGGACUUUUGUCGGGAACUCUACCACUUCUCAGUCCUGAAGAUGACCCGGAAGCAGUAAGACCAGUGUCAUCUCCACUCUCGGCAGCAUUUUAUACAACAACUUUGUCAUCAGCGGCCGCUGUUGAAGAAGCACUAAAUGCAGUACUUCCUGAAGAAAAUGAAACGGAUACCGGUGGCGCCAGUGGCGGUAGCGAUCUCUACAGUUCUAGUUCACCAAAUCCAAAUUCACCCCUACCAAGUCCAUUGUCAGCAACUCCAGCACCGUCACCACUCUCUUCACUACCUCCUUCUUCGGUAUCAUCACCUGGACCGGUAACGUUUUCUUCAUCAGGUUUUCCGGUCUCUCCUCAUGCUCUCCAGAAUCAAAUGAUGCCAAACUCUGAGGAUCCACUUCUGUCAUCAAGUCCGAAAGAUUUUGGCGCCACUCGUAGAAAACAAUUUGAAUUUCAGUCUUAUAAAUUGAUAACAAAUCAAAAUCUCGUUGACUUUGGACUUGGCAACGGAAGUCUUGCUGGUAUUGUUGUUGAUAAUAAUGGCGAGUAUAAAUUAAUUCAAACUGCUGGUCUUCAGAAGACAAAUGUCCUUGUUCAAGCCAGCGCUACGGCACUCAGCCCAGCUGCACUAUUUAGAAAAGAAAUACGUUUAACAACGCCCAAGAUUGAACCAGGAAUAAAUGUGUCAACCGGAACGACUACAACAACAACAGCAGCAGCCCAACAACAGUACCAUCAAUCUAAUAACCACGUCCACCACCACCACCAUCAUCACCAUCACCAUCAGCAGCAGCAGCAGCAGGCAAUCAACCCAGCAAAGUUUUUAAUACAAGCAACCAGUAUUAAUCACCCAUCAAACAAGAACACGAUAAAACUACAGAAAGUUGGUGUUGCUGGUUCCCCAGUAGCUGCGCCGGCAGUUAAUUCUCUGCCGAUUCCAAUUGAACAGAUAAAGGAGGAGUUUUUGGACGAUGAUAUAUUUCUUAGUCCUGGCAACGUUCCAGCAAACAGUCCGUUGAGGCAAAGCAGAAAAAGACCGAGAAUAGAUAGCUCAUGUUAUCCACAAAAUUCAUACCCGUCUCGAUUGAGACGUGCCUGCGAUCGGCACUGGGAUAGCAGUUACACUCCCCCGCCGAUACUUAACCCCUCGCGUCUUGGUCCGGGCUUAUACGCGAGGCUACAUCAAUAUGAGAGAGAUUCUGAGCUUAGUUCCGAUGAAUCUCAGAGUAAUGACUGUCCUCCGCCGAGGAUAAACAUCGGGACGAGAUACCAGGCCGCGAUACCGGCAAUCAGUUGUGAGGAGAGAGGUCGUGGUGGUCGAGAAACUGAUCAUCUGCUGUGGGAUCCUGGCAUAAUUAAUGGCCUAACGGACAAUGAAUUGGAAAUGUAUCUGCAGUUUGCUUGUUGUGCUAGUGUACCUGGUGGUGGUAGGAACAAAGAAUACGCGCUGCAUCUUUUGCACAUGUGUAAAGGAAAUAUUCACGAGGCGAUGAUAAAACUUAUGAGACCAACGCCGCCAUUGCCAGCCCAACAUCCUCUAGUGAGCUACGAGUGCCGUGAAUCUGACCGGUGGACGUCCCAGGAAAUGGAAGCAUUCUAUCAAGGAUUGCUCGAGUACCACAAAGACUUUUCCGGCAUUGCACGUGAUAUAUGUACAAAGUCAGCCAAGCAGUGCACACAAUUUUACUACCUUUGGAAAAAAUUAUGUCCGGAUGAGUAUAGAAGAGUACGGGCACGACACGGCAGACCAAAGAUUAAAAUCGAAACUAAAAUAUGUAAAGACACUAAAGACACCAAAGAGCUCAGGGAUGCUAUCGCCUCGGUCCAUUCAAUGGACUUUAGUGAAGAAAAAUCUAUACUUCAUCGGACACUCUUGCAGACAAACGAAAGAGAAUCAUCCGCUACUUUAACAACCAGUGAAGGGCAAUUGAGGCUAUUCGCUGCCUACGACUGUUCUGAUAGCUUUAGCGGAAGUGUAACAGUAACGAUGGCCGGAAGCACCCAUACCGGCAUAUCCGGCAAUACCGGGCACGCCACAGUCAACACCAACUCACAAACUCACAUUAGUUCUGAGCAACAACUACCCGUGUCCACCCCACUUCAUUACCCCUGCAAGAUUUGCGGGAAAAUUUUCAACAAAGUGAAAAGCAGAAGUGCUCACAUGAAAUCACAUCGGCCAAUACCCUUACCCGAUUCAACGGAAUCUAAAAAACCUCAAGCUCAACAACAAACGUCUAAACAAUCUCGUACGCAACAAAAUAAUAAUAAUAAUAAUAACAAUAAUAAUAAUAAUAAUAAUAAUAAUAAUAGUAAUAAUAAUAAUAAUAAUAAUAAUAAUAAUAAUAUUAAUGAUAAUAAUAUUAAUAAUAAUAAUAAUAUUAAUGAUAAUAAUAAUAUUAAUAAUAACAAUAAUAAUAAUAACACAACUGAAAUUCAAGAGUACCAAAAAUUAUCAUCAAACAGUGACUUGACAAAUCCAAAUGCAAAUCAUUUGUGGCACAAUCCUACAAGAUUAAGACCGCCAUAGGAUUUAAAAAUGCACCAAGUUUUGGUUCCCUAACGAAGGUUACAAUUAUUUAUAAAUAUAAAUAUAGAUAAAUACAAAGACAAUGGGUACGUUAUCAGUAUGUGGUUAUAAGACGAAAAUAAUAAUAAAAAAAAAACGUCGCUGUUAUCGUUCUUGUCAUUGUUAUUAUUAUGAUUAUAAAAUAAUUUCACUGAAGAAUAAAAUGAAGAGUGAUGUAAUCAUAAUAUUAGACAUUCCUCAACAAGAUCAAUCAAUCAAUCAAGAAUAAAUUGGCCUAACAUCAUACAAUAUUAUCAUCGAUCUUCGAGUGCAACGUUGUUGCCUUCAACGGUCUAAUAAAAUAACAAUAAUAAUAAGAAUGAAGAAAAAAAAAAAAAAAAAAUUUUUUAAUUGAAAAAAUGCUGCGAUGUACAAUGUGUUUGAAAACAUGAGAUAACAGGGUGAAAUUUAUUGAGAUAAAUCGAAAAAUGAAAAAAUAAAUAAUGAUAAUUUAUCAAUGUCUUAGUACGGAUAAUCAUUCUCAAUGAAAAUAUAUAUACAUAAUAAAUAAUAACGUUAAAUUUCCAGAUACGAAAGACAAAUCACGUCCAUUGACUAUGAGAAAAUAAAUAUGUAGUCACGUGCAUGAUAACAAACUAAUACUAUAUAAUAAUAAUUAUUAUAAUAAUAAUAAUAGUAACAAAUAAAGAGUGUAUUAUUGUCCGUUAUAUAUAUAAUAAUAUAUAUUAUACGAAAAAGUUUCCAAAUAUUGUCGACAAGACAAUUUAACUAAUAUAAUAAUAAUACAUAUUUAUUUAUUUAUUUAUUUAAUAAAUUCAUUUUGUUGUUCUUGUUA